AUGGGACAAGGAGCAUGGAGGGACUUGGCACAUGGAAGCAGCUCAACUGGAUACGCAAAGGAAGAAGGGAGAAGCCAUCUUGAAGACCAGCUCGACCGUCCACUCGACCGGCCAAGCUUCAACUCGAUCGAGCUGGAAGUCAAAGUCAAACCCGAAAAAUGUUGCUUCCCCCUUGACUUUCCUUUGACCCUAAACCUAAUCCUCUUGUGUAUGCGAACUCGAUCGAGUCGGUCAACUGAAGACUUGGUCGAGCUAGACAUUACAACGGGUAGAAAGAGGGUUCAGAGGUCACAGAGGGUACAAGAGGAACCUGAGGUGCUUGUUGCUGAUACAAUGGAUGUACCAGAGGGGAAUGGAAACCCUUUGGGCAUGGACUCGGUCGAGCUAGGCAAACUCGACCGAUUGGUCAAGGAGAUGCUCCAAACCGCCACCAACAGAGACAAGGGAUUGUUCCACCACCAGUGCAGAACCACAACUUUGAGAUCAAGCUGGGAAUGA